CUUUCUCUCAACUUUAUGGUUCUUUGCUCGUCUGAAAAUAUACACACCAUCUUUUUGCACAAGGAUGCUGUCCAUGUGAUAAUCAUACUACCAUGACGUAAUGCACAAUAAUUGAAUGAGCAUGUCGCCAUGGAUCUAAAUAAGUGCCUAAAUUGUGAGCAACCAUUUCAAAUUAAGAAGAAGGGUUUUAAAAGAAAAUCAAUUUCAAAACUGGCCAUACCCUUAAUCAGGCUCAAUGACAUUUUAGACAAAAAAAUAACUCUUCCUUUAACACCAACCCAGAAGUUUUUGUGUAAUGACUGUGCAUCAUUGACUCUUAAAAUUUAUAAACAUGACACAAAAAAGAACUCUAGUUUCAUUAAACCAGAAAAAUUGAAUGUAAAAAGAAAAUUCAGCUUUACUCCUGUGAAACUUGUCAAAAGAAAAUGCCUGACAUCUACCCCUAAACAUCUGACUUCAACCCCAGUAAAAUCUAUUAAAUUAAAAACAUUUAAGAAAGAAGGGUUCAAAGACAAAGUGUGCAGGUACAUCAAAGAUUCACACUAUGACUAUGCCUUGAGAAUUAUGAUGAAGAAAAGCAAGUGCGCAAGAGAUGCUGUGAUGAAUGUUCUAAGGCGCAUGAUUAAGAAGGAGGUGAAAAAUGCUAACAUUCCAUCCCUCAAAAUUCCAUCAACUGUAAAGUCUUUACAGGAUUUUCAAUGGCAACGAGUAAUCCAAGAGGCAAGUCAUAGUAUUCCUCUCUUGACAGGACUUUUGCAGGGAUCAUUGUCAUGUCGUUGGAACAAAAAUGCUGACAUAGAUGACAAAGGUAAUGUUGGUUCACUUGUGCCAGCCCUAGGAUUUCUUAUGGGUACCAUUUUGCAUUUCCACAAUCCCAAGAAGUACAAUCUUCUCCAGACUAUUAUAUCUGUUGAAAUGUACAGAUCAGGAUGCAACCAAAAGAUUUUUAGGUGGUUCCAAAAGCUGGGAUGGUGUAAGGGUGUUAAGGGAACAAGAACAGCAGUCGAUAAAUUGUGCACAGAGUUUGAUGACAGCAUUAACUCCUGGAAGAAUGCUAUUCAGGUGAAUAUUUUUUUCUGAAUAUUGACAUGAGUUAAUCUGUUUUAUAAUGGACCAACCAGAAUCAAAAUUAGUUUUCAUA